CGAUACACGAUAUAUGCUCCUUCUUUCCCCUGCGCGGAUUGGCCAGCGUUCCCGCCUUUCCCUUCCGAGCUCCGGCCACAGCGGCUGUUGCGCAUGCGCUCUGAGGGAGGCAGGCAGGAAAGCGGUGUCAGUUGCGCUUCGCCGCGGAAUCUCCGCCUCCCUCCUCCGCGAUCAUGUUGCGAGUCUGUCAGCGGCUGCGGGGCACGGGGGUCCAGAAUUGCCUAUGUGGUAAAAGUUCAUUCCAAUUACAUCUAUGUCGCGGAUAUGCUACAUCUAGAGAAAAUGGUGUUUCUGUAGGUAAAAUCAUUGGAGGGAGUAUCUUGUUUGUCAGUGGAGGACUAGGAGGAACCAUUCUGUAUGCGAACUAUGACCCACGUUUUCGAGAAAAUGUGGAGAAGACUGUCCCUGUUUCCAGUAAGCUCUUUGAAAUGGUCCUUGGUCCCUCUUCUUAUAGUAUUCCAGCAUCAAAGAAGCCUAUGCAGCCAGGUCCCCUAAAAAUCUCCUCUACAGCAGAGGUAAUGAAAGAAUCUAAACAACCUGUGGCCAAAUCUCCAAAGAGUAAAACAGAGGUUCCUUCAUCUGCUAGUGAAGAAAAAGCAGGGGCAGAAGCAGCACAGAUAAUUGAAGCAACUGGUGAAGCUUUGUCAGUUCCAGCUCCAGGGAUGCAGGAGGAGGAACAUGGUAAAAGCCAUGUGCAUCCUGAAGGAAUUCACAAACAUCCUGACUUGGGUGGAGAACGCGGCUGUGUGGAUUCACACCCUGUAAAGGAGAGAGCACCGGAGGAAGUUGCUGCUCGUCUUGCGCAGCAAAAUAGGGAGGAACAAGACAGGAUUUUGGCUAUGGCAGCAACCUUGGAGAGUGCUUUGAGUAGUACUGCCCGUGUGACCCUGCAAGCCAUUACACUCCAGGAGGCCGCUAUACAAGCUGUCAAUGCUCAUGCUCAUAAACUAAAAGAGGCGAUGGAUAAUACAGAGACUCCAAGUGAGAAAAAGUCAAAUCAGUGGCGAACAUUGGAGGAAACACUGAAGGAUCGUCGUAAAGCUGUGGAUGAAGCUGCAGAUGCCCUUUUGAGAGCCAAAGAAGAACUGGAGAAAAUGAAAGGAGUGAUUGAGGGUGCCAAGAAGUCCCUAAUUUCUGGGGCCAAAUCUCACAUCUUGGCUGCUGAGGAUAAACUUCAUCGUAUGAUAGCUGACCUGGACAGUGUGGUGAAAAAGGUGCAGGCAGCCCAAUCAGAAGCUAAAAUAGUAGCUCAGUACCGCGAACUUGUAUCCAUAGCAAGGGAAGAAUUUCAAAAAGAGCUGGAGAGCGUUGCUUCAGAAGUACAGUCUGGUAGGAAGGGGCUAUCUGACCGACUGACAACCGAUGACUUGAACUCUCUCAUUGGCCAUGCUCAUCGACGCAUUGACCAACUCAAUAAGGAGCUGGCAGAGCAGAGAGCCCGAGAGCAGCAGCACGUAGAGGCAGCCCUGGAAAAGCAGAAACUGGAAGACCAAAAGGCUUUUGAGUCAGCUGUGACCAAGGCCUUAGAACAUCAUAAGACUGAGAUACAAAUGGAGCAGGAGAAAAAGAUUGAAGAAGUCAGAGACAUUAUGGAGAAUGAAAUGAGGACGCAGCUCCGCAGGCAAGCCGCUGCUCACACUGAUCAUUUGUCAGAUGUUCUCAAAAUUCAAGAACAGGAACUCAAGCUGGAGUUUGACAAGAACCUGUCAGAAAAACUCAGCGAUCAGGAAAUGCAGUAUAAGCGGCUUGUUCAGGAACAGCUUGACAACUUCACUCUGGACAUCAACACAGCCUAUGCCAGGCUAAGAGGAAUCGAACAGGCAGUGGAAAGUCAUGCAGUUUCUGAGGAAGAAGCCAGGAAGGCUCAUCAGUUGUGGCUUUCAGUUGAAACACUAAAGCAAAGCCUGAAGACUGCUUCUGGAGACAGCCCCACUGAGCCGCUGGAAGGCGCAGUGGACGCCAUCCGUGCAAGCUGUUCAGACAACACAUUCACCCAGGCCUUAACAGCUGCCCUCCCUCCAGAAUCGCUCAGUCGGGGAGUAUACACAGAAGAGGCGCUGAGGGCACGCUUCAGCAUGGUCCAAAAGCUUGCGAAGAGGGUGGCCAUGAUAGAUGAAACCAAAAACAGCCUCUAUCAGUACCUCCUGUCUUACCUGCAAUCUCUCCUCCUGGUUCACCCUCAGCAGCUAAAGCCACCUGCUGAGCUCAGACCUGAAGACUUGGACACCUUUAAAUUGCUCUCCUAUGCAUCCUAUUGCAUUGAGCAUGGAGACCUGGAGCUAGCAGCUAAGUUUGUCAAUCAGCUGAAAGGGGAGUCCAGGAGAGUAGCACAGGACUGGCUAAAUGAAGCUCGAAUGACCUUAGAGACAAAGCAAGUUGUGGAUAUCCUGACUGCCUAUGCAAGUGCAGUGGGCUUGGGAACAACUCAGGUGGACUGAUGGAGGUCAUGUGUGAAGAACAAAUGUCUUCAGUACCAGUCAAAUGCAAAAAUGGAUAACCAGGCAGAGAUAGAUGCGAUCUAACAGCUUCUAAAGCUGGAAGUGUAAUAACGUCCAAAGAUGAUGUGUCUCUUUGCACUGUUGUAACUCUUAUCACCUGUUGCAGUUGUAGCCUUCUUCAGCCAUCCUAUCAUGUCUGGAAUGCUUUUUGGCAACUUGGAUAAGUGUAAAUUUCCAGGUAUUACUGACUGGGCUAACAAUCCAACUGAAAUAAUGUUUGUAACCUGUAUUACUGAUUUGCCACUUGGUACAAUUAAAUAAAAUGUGUAAAAAUCA